UAUAUAUUUAUAAAUAUAUGUAUAUAUAUGUUACAAAGAUUUCAAUUGUAUAAAUCAAUUGUUCUUUGUUAAGAAAGUAAAAAAUACAAAAGCACUCAUGGCUUACAUUUACAUGAUGUCUUAGUUUUAGUGAAGCAGAAACGCGAGAGAAAGAAGGAAAUUUAAAAUAAAAAAAAAAAAGGAUUAAGAGGCGGGUAGGAGGUAUCUUUGGUGAACGAGCUUGGAGCAGGGUGAUUGGUGGAUGGUGGUUGGAAUAAAGCUGAAAUUUUAUUUGGAUUUGGAAGCGGUUGAAACGAGACAAGACAAACCGACCAGCUAACGGACAAAGGUUAUUACGUUUUGAUCGAAACAUGGAGGCUUUGAUACCUGUAAUAAAUAAACUCCAGGAUGUCUUUAAUACUAUUGGAGCAGAUGUCAUUCAGUUGCCACAAAUUGUCGUAUUGGGAACACAGAGCUCUGGCAAAUCAUCAGUAAUCGAAAGUCUAGUUGGUCGCUCAUUUUUACCUCGUGGUACUGGAAUCGUAACUCGAAGACCGCUGGUACUACAAUUAGUUUACUCGCCUAAAGACGACCGAGAAAAUCGUACUGCCGAAAAUGGAACCCUGGAUGUCGAAGAGUGGGCGACGUUUUUACACGACAAACACAGAGUAUUCCGAAAUUUUGAUGAUGUCCGUCGUGAAAUAGAGGCUGAGACAGAACGAAUGGCUGGUGGAAACAAGGGAAUAUGCCCUGAGCCUAUUAAUUUAAAAAUAUUUUCUCCAAAAGUCGUUAAUCUCACGCUAAUUGAUCUGCCUGGUAUUACUAAAGUACCAGUUGGUGAUCAACCGGAGGAUAUUGAGUCCCAAAUACGGCAAUUGGUACUUAAAUAUAUAUGUAAUCCAAAUUCAAUUAUCCUGGCAGUGGUUACUGCAAAUACUGAUAUGGCGACGAGCGAAAGCUUAAAGCUCAGUAAAGAUGUUGAUCCUGACGGAAGACGUACUUUGGCUGUCGUUACUAAACUAGAUCUUAUGGAUGCUGGUACAGAUGCCAUAGAUAUACUUUGUGGACGGGUAAUACCGGUUAAACUUGGUAUCAUAGGAGUAGUAAAUAGAUCGCAACAAGAUAUUAUGAACAAUAAAUCAAUAGAAGAAGCAUUGAAAGACGAGUCACUGUUUCUGCAAAGAAAGUAUCCAACUUUAGCUAAUAGAAAUGGUACUCCGUAUUUAGCUAAAACACUUAAUCGCUUACUCAUGCAUCAUAUUCGUGACUGCUUACCAGAUUUAAAGACUCGUGUCAACGUUAUGAUUUCGCAAUACCAAACGCUGCUUAAUUCCUACGGCGAAGAUGUAUCAGACAAGAGCCAAACGCUUUUGCGAAUAAUUAUGAAAUUCGCCAGCAGUUACUGUUCGACAAUCGAAGGAACUGCACGUAACAUUGAGACGACGGCGCUGUGUGGUGGCGCACGUAUUUGUUAUGUUUUUCAUGUUUUAUUCAAAGAAGCGUUGGACGGUAUUCAUCCGCUUGGUGGUCUUACUAAAAUGGAUAUACUCACAGCGAUAAGAAAUGCCACGGGGCCAAGACCGGCGUUAUUUGUACCUGAAGUCUCAUUUGAAUUGUUGGUCAAAAGACAGAUACGUCGGUUGGAGGAUCCAUCACUGAGGUGUGUUGAACUAGUACACAGAGAAAUGCAGGAAAUAGUUCAACAUUGUGGUACUGAAGUUCAUCAUGAAAUGCUACGGUUUCCUAAAUUGUAUGAACGAAUUGUUGAUACUGUAACUCAGUUGCUGCGUAAACGUUUACCGACAACUAAUUCAAUGGUAAAAAAUCUUGUUGCUAUCGAAUUGGCAUACAUAAAUACAAAGCAUCCAGAUUUUCACAAAGAUGCUGCGUUAGUUUCUUCAUUACUAAAAAGUACAGAUAUAGAUAAUAUGAAACAUAGUCGUAAAAAUGGUACCGUUGUAAAUGCUACAACCACUGCCUCGAUAACCACGGUAGGAAUUACAGACGGGCACAAUAAAAUGGUAAAUAAUAAAGAAGAACUAGCGGGAAUAAUGGAACAAUGUAAUAAAGAGCAAAAUCAUUGGCUACUGAGUAAUUUGCUGCCUCAAGGUAGAACAGAUUCGUCGAGCACAACUGAUAACUCACCGGUAAGAACUCGGGACGGGGCUAAAUCACCGUCGUCGGUCCACGGCAGUGAUGUUCUUGGCAACACCGAGGAUUGGAAUCAAAAAAAUUCCCCACAACAGAAAGCUGUCAACUUGCUGUCUGAAGUACCCACGCAAACGAAUAAUCGUAAACUCAGCGAACGAGAACAAAGAGACUGUGACGUAAUUGAGAGACUCAUCAAAUCAUACUUUUACAUUGUCCGCAAGUCUAUUCAGGACAGUGUACCAAAAGCAGUUAUGCAUUUUCUUGUUAAUUUUGUAAAAGACAAUUUACAAAGUGAAUUAGUAACGCAUUUGUACAAAACGGAUCAAGCUGAGACGUUAUUAAAUGAAAGUGAACACAUUGCCGUUAGACGUAAAGAAACCAGUGACAUGCUCGAGGCAUUGACACAAGCAGGUAAUAUAAUUAGUGAAAUUCGUGAGACGCACAUGUGGUAAUAAUGGAUAUUUUAAAUUUAAAACCGUGCUGAGCAGUUUCGUUACUGCUUACUUGCUGUGCUAGUGUCAAAGACUAGAUCUAAUCGUGUGAAAUAAAUUACAUUUACUAUUAUUAUUAAUUAUAAUUAUAAUUGUUACUAUUAAUUUUAUUUAACGCCGAAAAUAAGUAACACGAUUAAUUUAUCAAUCAACACAGUGUAUCAACUUUUAUUUCACAAUA